UGGACGCUUCGACACGAUCUAUACCACGCCCAAGCAAGGCACCCCGCUUCAGCUGGUCAGCGAUCUGGCAACUAUCGACGGGACCACAUUGCCCAAAGGUGUACCACCAGGCCGUUAGUAACGAUCUGUACAUGCUCAAGACAAGGAGAGAAUACUUCAAGCACUACGACGCCUCGAACAAACGGUCUCAUUCCAGGCGAGAGCUGUGGCGAUAACGCCUCGGCCGCUGAGCCAACCGAGCACGCCAGUCUAUGGAAUAGCACACAGACAUCAUGAAUGCCCAUAGUGGAGUCGAGCCCGGGACCUCGAAGGCUAAGAAAGCUGCUAUCAGUCCUUUAUCGGUCGCGGGCCCUGGCAACUCGGCGCCAAUAUCGUUCUUCUUGAAGUCCGAGAAAGAGAUGGAGCAGACUACACGUAGAGGGCGGACAUCAUCGCGAGGCUCAGAGGCUCUGGCGCAGACUAGUGCCAUGGGCGACAGCUCGUUUGGAGUGCAGAGUCUAGAGGAGACUCUGAGACCCUUCUCCACCGAACAAUCACCGUCAAGAACCGAUAGUAUAAGUACCGAUCGGUCUUCCAAUGUAGACCGGACGGCGUCCGCAGGCCGUAAACGCAAGCCAAACCGAGUCCAUCCUUCAAUCAGAUCAGCCGGCCAAAGGAUCAUUAGCUCAGAUCAUUCAUCCUCGCAAACCUCGUCCACUUCUCCCGUGACGCCAGAGCCAUUUGCCCGCACCUUGGGCGUCCGCAGGGGAUCUGCAGGCUCAUCUGCCAACAUGAGCCAGCCGGUCACGCCAACCAGACUCAGCCCGCAUCCCGGAUCGGCAGCGUCCAGCACACCCCGCUCAACAUCGCCCAAGUCCUUUAGACUGAGCGACGAGGACGAGACUGGCAGUCAAGCCCUGCAGUCCUCGAACGGCGAUGAGGGCGACCAUUCGCUGCUCGAACGCACGCCACAGCUCGUCAUGCCUAGCCUAGCAAUGCCGACGCGCCGUCCGUUUACGGAGAAAGGAAAGCAGAUGGGCAGGGCCAAGAUUAUGGUCGUCGGAUCGAAGGGCAUCGGCAAGACCAGCCUCAUCACUUCAAUACUGCGCUGCAGCGAAGAUGUCGUGCAUGUUGAUCAUUCGGCCACGCCUCUGAAUAUUGGAGCAUCGUUUGCAACGGACGGAUCCGAACAGUCCACAUUCGCAGAGAUCACGGCAUCAACUCGCCAAUAUCCCGCAUGGCGGACAGACUUUGAAAGCAGAAGAAUGCUCCUGCGAAGGAACAGCGUUGGUGAGGGGAUCCUGGAGCGUAACUUGACCUUCAUCGAUACUCCUAGUGUUGAGGAUGAUCAGUCCUGCCGUCAACUUCUGGAGUUCACGAAAGACCUGCUCCAGCGCACAGCUCGAAUAGAGAGCAUGACCGACAGUGAAUUGAUGAGUCUAUUGAGUGGCGACGGCGGUGUUCAGAUUGAUGCGGUGCUCUAUCUGUUUGAUCCUACACCCGAUGCUGCAUCCCCAUCUGGAUUGAGCUCUGCACAUCAAGACCUCCUGCAACAUCUGUGCAAGUGGACGAACGUUGUCCCUCUAGUUGGACGAGCGGACACAGUCUCCUUUGAAGCGCUGAAGCUGCGAAAAGAACAAAUCAACGACACGCUGAGAUCUAUCAAAGCAGAGCCUUACCAUCUUAGUGAGCUCAGCGAACAGCCGGAUCAGGAACCAUUUGCCGUGUCUUCAGCAUAUGGUGACGACACAGAUGUCAUUGAUGCCAGCAUCCUUAUGUCCUCAGAAUACAUGCCACCACUGGUUCCUAGCGAACUUUCUAGAGUUGUCGACUGCUUGUUGUCGUCCGAGAACGUGGCUCGACUGCGACACCUGUCAGCCGCAAAGUUCCUGCUGUGGCGACAGGAGAAUCUCGGCUACCAUAUCGACUUCCGCAAACAGGCUAUGCUGCAAUCGCCACAGCUCGGAUACCAGACAACAGAAGUCACCAGCUCAGGCAGCUGCGUAGAAGAUCCAAGCAAGGUUCUCGUGCCACACUCAUCGUCUAGCUACUAUCGAUCUGCAUCUCCGGCCAUAUCAGACAACUCGGCGCUCUCCGGAGCCGUCAUUGGCACCUCCACUUUUGCGCUUGCCAAGUACAACGAGGAAGCACAAGGUACAGAGCCUUUCCGUCAGGUGAGACUCGCAAAAUGGGCACAAGACUUGCAGCGCAGCCUGAACAAUGAGCGCCGUCGAUACCAGCAUAUGUACACCAAUCCUCCCGCAGAAUGGAACGCCAGCGAUGACGGUAAUGCUCACGCUAUGGUCACUACCAAGGAAGGCCAGCGUCCGCCUCGCGGUCGUCUUGGCGGCGACCUCGGCGUCAUUGACCCUCGCGACCCCCUCGGCGUGCUUUCGUUCGCCCAGGCAUUUCGCAGGAGAGGUUUCUUCGCGCUGCAGAUUGUGGGCGGUUGCGGACUGGUGGGUGCUGUGGCAUACUGGGUGGUGAAGAAUUGGAUGGACGUGCAGGACUUCUUCGGAUUCACCCAGCCAGCGGUCAUGGUGCAUGCCAUUCCUGUUCUGCCACCGCCGUCGUCGAGAUACUCAACUCCCAUGUCCUGGCUGGAAGCGACGCCGUUCGGCGGACUGUUCGGCUGGAGUAGGUAG